UCCAGGUUUCCAUUUUCUUUGUUCUGCAACUUUCUUUGUAACUUUUCCACAAACAAGCUAGUUACCAAGUUUCCAAUGGCUUCCACUAGCUCCGAAACACCCUCUUCAUCAUUAUCAUCAUCUUCUUCUUCAAUACCUGGUUCGGACUAUGAUGUUUUUCUCAGUUUUCGGGGUGAGGACACCCGCCAUGCCUUUACAGACCAUUUAUAUGAGGUAUUGAGAUUGAAAGGCAUUGACGUCUUUAGAGACAACGAAAAACUCCAACUAGGACAAGUCAUUGCUUCUGAGCUCAUACAAGCAAUAGAAAAAUCCCAGUAUGCAAUCGUUGUUUUCUCAGAAAAAUAUGCCGAUUCCAGGUGGUGUUUGGAUGAACUUGCCAAAAUUGUUGAAAGUAGAAAGAAUAAGGGACUUAGAGUGGUGCCCGUCUUUUAUCAUGUAGAUCCCUCAGACGUGAGGAACCAGACUGGGCCGUUUGGAAAAGCCUUUGCCGAACAUAAUAAAGAUGACAAAAUUGACGGAGAGAAGAUCCAGAAAUGGAAGGAUGCUCUAAGAGAAGUGGGGAAUUUAUCCGGCAAGCAUUUAAUUUUACAUCAAAGCUCUGAGGCAAAAGUUAUCCAAAACAUUGUGCAAUGGAUAUCAAAUAAAUUGAGUUAUAAAAUCGAAAUUAAUGAACUAGUUGGAAUAAGUUCCCGAACUGAGGAUUUGAAGUUACUUUUAGCUUUAGCGUCAAAUGAUGUUCGCUUUAUAGGAAUUUGGGGGAUGGGAGGAAUGGGUAAAACAACUCUAGCAAAAUUUGUUCAUAACACAUUUUCCAAUCAAUUUGAAGCUAAUAGUUUUAUUCAUGAUGUUAGAAGGAAAUCUGAAAAUGGUUUACAUGGGUUACAAAGAACACUAUUGAAAAAGCUUUUGUGCGUAGAUAUGGAUAUACAAGAUGUUGAUGAGGGAGUUUUCAUCAUAAAGAAAAGGUUACAUUGCAAAAAGAUUCUUCUAAUUCUUGAUGAUGUAGAUGAUUUAAAGCAAUUAGAGAAGUUAGCUGGGGGACAUAAUUGGUUUGGUCCUGGUAGUAGGAUUGUUAUAACGACAAGAAAUAUGAGCUUGCUUGUGACACAUGAUGUAAAUGAAAUAUAUGAGGUUGAAGCAUUGAAUAAUGAUGAAGCUCUUCAACUUUUUAGUUUGAAAGCUUUUGGGAAAGGGCAUCCUGAUGUUGAUUAUGUGAAGCUAUCCCAAGAUUUUGUACAUUAUUGUCAAGGCCUUCCUUUAGCCCUUGAGCUUUUGGGUUCCUCUUUGUUGAAAAAAAAUAAAAUUUUCUGGAAAGGUUUGUUAGACAAGCUAAAAAAAUUUCCAGAAAGAGGUAUUAUCAAAGUACUUAAAAUAAGUUAUGAGGGACUAGAACCAUUUGAAAAAGAAAUUUUCCUCAAUAUUUCAUGUUUCUUUUGUGGCAAUGAUCAAGAUAGCAUCUUUAAAAUAUUAGAUUAUCUUGAACUUGUCCCUGAAUAUGGAUUAGAGAUUCUUAAAGGUAAAGCUCUCAUCAAAUUGCAAGGCAAUCGAUUAUGGAUGCAUGAUUUACUCCGAGAAAUGGGUCGGGAUAUAGUUUAUCAAGAGUGCCCUGACAUUCCUUUGAGGCGUAGUAGAUUGUGGUUGUAUAAAGACAUUGAAGAUGCGCUAGAAAUGAAUAAGGAAACAGAGGAAAUUCAAGGCAUAGUCCUAAAGUUAUUCAACCCAAAAGCGGCACAUUGGAAUCUUAAAUCCUUUUCAAAGAUGCAUUAUCUAAAAACCCUCAUAAUUGACAAUGUUGACCUUAAGAAUGAUCUCAAAUAUCUUCCUAAUGGUUUAAGAUUUCUUGAUUGGAGUAAGUAUCCUUCAAAAUUGUUUCCAUCAAGUUUCAGAGCCAAGUCUUUUGAGAGGUUGAAAGCCAUCAAAUUGAACAAGUCUCCGAAACUUAUUAAAACCCCUAACUUCACUAAUUUCCCCAUUCUUGAGGAAUUGGAACUUAAGGAUUGUAUAAAUUUACUUGCCUUGCACCCAUCAAUUGGAGUUCAUGAAAAGCUCACUCUUCUUAAUCUAAAAGGUUGUAAAAACCUCAAAAGUCUUCCAAGAACACUUGAAAUGGAGUCUCUUGAGAUUCUUAUUCUUUCUGAAUGCUCAAAAGUAAAAAGUAUUCCAGAAUUUGGGGAAAAUAUGAAAAGUGUAUCAAAGUUUUACUUAAAUGGCACUGCCAUUACAAAAUUGCCUACAUCAAUUGGGAAUUUGACGGGUCUUGUUUUAUUGAAUGUAAAAGAUUGCAAAAGACUCAUGACUCUUCCUAGCACCUUUUUAAAUCUCAAUUCCCUUGAAAAACUGUAUCUUUCCGGAUGCUCAAAACUACUAAAGAUCUUGGGGGCUAUUGAAUGUUUAGAGGGUUUUGAUGAGAUUGAGACUGCUAAAAAACUUAAAAAUCUAUUUAUCAGUGGAAUUAAGCGAAGAAAUACCAAUCCCUUGGAUUUGUCAAUUACUUCUCUAUCGAGUUUGUGUUCUUUGAGCAAAUUGGAGACACUGGAUUUAAGUUAUUGCAAUCUCAAUGUAAUUCCCAAUGCUAUUGGUUGCUUAUCCACUUUAGAAAUUUUAAUUCUAAGAGGAAAUAAUUUUGGUUCCUUCAUGCAAAGAAGUCCUGAUCCCUUGGAGAUGUUAUUGACUUCUCUAUCAGAGGGUUCAUGUUCUUUGAACAAAUUGGAUCUAAGUUAUUGCAAUCUCAAUGCAAUCCCCAAUGCUAUUGGUUGCUUAUCCACUUUAGAAAAUUUAAUUCUAAGCGGAAAUAAUUUUGGUUCCUUCAUGCAAAGAAGUCCCGAUCCCUUGGAGAUGUUAUUGACUUCUCUAUCAGAGGGUUCGUGUUCUUUGAACAAAUUGGAUCUAAGUUAUUGCAAUCUCAAUGGUUUCUCUGAUAGAAUUGGUUGCCUUCCCAGUCUAGAAGAAUUAAUUCUAAGUGGAAAUAAGUUUGGUUACCUCCCGGGAAGCAUCGCUCAACUAAGUAAUCUGUUAGUUUUGGAUCUGAAAGAUUGCUCGAGUCUCCGAUCAUUACCAAAGCUUCCAUAUCGGAAGGUGAGUCGUCCAUUAUUAGAUUCAUUACCAAAGAGUCAAUAUCAGCAGAGGCCUGUUCCUCUUAUUAACGGACUUAGAAUUGGUAUUUCGAUUGCCUAUCCGACGAAAGGACGGAUAAAACUGGCUCUCAAUCAAGACUUCAUUGCAGAUAUAUAUGGGCUCAGCCUCGGGGUUGUAAACCCACAACCCACACGUGUUUUUGGAAGUGAAAUUCCGGAGUGGUUUGAGCUUCAAAAUAUAGGGGCUGAAAUUAAUAUUAAAGUACCUUCUCAUUUGUGCGAUGAGUUGGCGGGAAUUGCUAGUUGUGGUGUGAUUUGUUGUCGUCAACCCAUCGACCUUUUACAACUUGACUCCUAUUUAAUAUGUAAUGGAAACAUUAUUGAUACACAUUUAGCAAUGUGUCCAGUGCUUCAGGAUUUAUCAGAUCGGCUUUUGCUAGUCUAUUUUCCUAGAGCAACGAGCAAUUGGAAAAUAUUUGUUGUUAAUGGAUUCGCUAAGUUUGGCAUUAGAUUUCGAGCCCAUGGUUCAGGCAUGGAGGUGAAGGAAUGCGGAAUUCAUUUGGUGUACAAGAAAGAGAGAAGCAACAACAGCAUCAUUCUUUAUGAGGGCUCGGAUGACUGUAAUGGGGCUGGACCUAGUGGAGAGGGAAGCUCUAAUGAUGUACCACACCCGAAGCAGAUUGAAAGGCUCCCAGAAAUGGCCCAUGGUGACUCUGAUUCUGAGGGAUCAAGUGAGUACCACGAAUGGGGUGACGAGUUACACGAUUGGGAGGAAUCUAGUGAGAGUGACCAGGAAGGCUAA